AUGGUGCUGCACCUCGCCGCCUUCACCAAUGCAGACCCGGAGUACGACCCUGACUCGAUACGAUCCGCGCAAGCCAGACCUGAGUCACGUCAAACGCCGGGCCCUCGACUCGAAGACGACGACGACUACGACGACGAUGACCGCCGACGAACGAUCGAACGUCGACACAAACGCGAUGUGCGCUCCAUCAGACGGCACGCGACGGCCACAGCCAAUGCAUGUGCCUCUCGCAGCGUGACGAAUGCUGCCAUCCGCGCGCGCGCGCUCCACUUUGCCGACGGCGCACUUCGUAUCUCGACAAGUCGAGGCUCUGACCGGUUGUCAAAGCAUCAUCCCCACCCCGCUCAGCAGGGCCUGCCACCGCCGCAACACAUCCAGCACCCGAGGCCCCAAGUCAUCCAGCACCACCAGCACCACCCCAAUUCGCCCCAGCAGCCGUCGCAUCCUUCUUCCCAAGGGCCCUACGCCUCGCCGCAUCCCUCGACCCACCAAGUGCCCAACCAGCACCACUCGCCUUACGUCAGCACAAUCCAAGUCCCACACGCCCAGAACCCGCAGGAAGUGCCCUACUACGCCGCCACCGCCCAUCCCAGCCCUUACAGCACCAACAGCGCCUCUGGAAGCUACACCUCGUCAGCCGAAACGCCAGACAUCUCCAUGGCCACCGCAACGAUGAACCGGCAAUUCCCCCCCAUCUACCACACCCCGCAAUCAAAUUCGCCCGCCUCGAUCCAGUCGCCGCAGCACGAUCAGCAUGGCCGUCCCAUCUACGGCCAGAGCGCGCCCCAGGUCCCGCAGCAGAUGUACUAUUCGCCGCAAUACCAGAUGCCGCCCCAGCAGUCGCCUUACGCGCAACAACAUCCCGCGCCGCUCGCGGCCAAUUCGCUCCUCAUGUCUCACCAACCGCAGCCCCUGCAACACCCCCAGCACCCUCACACCCCAGGUCUGCCGGGCAGCCCACGCGCGAAGCUGAACCAGACGCCGCUUCAGAGGCCACCGUCCGGCCUCGGCCCGCCCCAGGGCACGCCGACGGGCCCUCCAGGCAGCGCCGGCAGCAUGCACUCGGCCGCGCCGCCAAACUCGAGCGUCAACCCGAACGCCGCCCCCGGCCCCAUUCCCGCCACGACCCCGCUGGUCGUGCGGCAAGACCAGAACGGCGUGCAGUGGAUUGCGUUUGAAUACUCGAGAGAUCGGGUGAAGAUGGAGUACACGAUUCGCUGCGACGUCGAGUCGGUAAACGUCGACGAGCUCCCGCAAGAAUUCAAGACGGAGAACUGCGUCUACCCCCGCGCAUGCUGCUCCAAGGACCAGUACAAGGGCAACCGCCUUCACUACGAGACCGAGUGCAACACGGUCGGCUGGGCGCUCGCCCAGCUCAACCCGUGCUUGCGCGGCAAGCGCGGCCUGAUUCAGCGCGCGGUCGACAGUUGGAGAAACAGCAACCAAGACCCGCGCCUGAGGAGCAGGCGGGUGAGGCGCAUGGCCAAGAUCACUUCAAGGAAGGCGAUCCAGGCAUCGCAGCAUGGUGGCCACAUGGCGGGCCCCGGUGCCCCGGGCGCUGCAGGGGUCCCGAAUUCGGCUGGUCUUCCGGGUGCGCCGGGGCCCCGGCCCACGAGCAUGGGCAUGGGCGGCCCGCAGUUGCACCACCACCAUGAGCAUCCUGGAGGAGCACCGGGAGGGCCUGAUGAUGUUAGCGCCGCGAAUGGAUACAACGACACCACCCAUACGCACCAUCAUCAAGCGCCGACUGCUCAAACUAACCCGCCCUCUGGCGAGGUCCGCACCGCCAACAACUUCUACCCCACCUAUCCGACCGCUGCUCACGCUGUCGGAGGUCCCGCUAUGCCGCCGACCAUGCAUCACGUUCCGCCGCCGCCGCCGGCCCAUGCCACUUCUGCUUCGACCAAGUCGCAGGAAGACGAGGAGCGCAACCUCGAGCUCUUUGGCGAUCUGCCGGAAGCCAAGCGCCGCAAGUUCAUCCUCGUCGAAGACGCGGAAAGAUCUACCCGUGUCCGCGUCCGUGUCAUGCUCGACCAAGUCAACAUGGAGGAGAUGCCCGAUUCCUACCGUAAGAGCAACUCCGUAUACCCGCGCUCGUAUUUCCCCACGCAGAUGCAGUCUCCCCCGGCGUCUCCCCGUGGACGCCGCUUCUUCGACGACCCCGAAGACGAGAAGAGCGAUGAUGGUUCCAGCGCUCCCGUCACCGGCCGUACUCUUGUCCCGGUGCCGUUGAUGGAUGGUUCGGAGGCAAAGGUUCCCCGGCCGGUCGUGACGAAGAGCAAGAGGAACAAGGAGGUCACCCUCAACGACCUUGGUUACCGCAUGACGUGGAGCCAGAGCAGAGUGUUUGCGGGACGGACCCUUUUCCUGCAGCGAUCUCUGGAUGCCUACCGCACCAAGAUGCGCACCACCAUGAUGGCGGCAGGCCAGGACGUUGCACCUCACUUCGAGACGCGCGUUGGCAAGCGGCAGUGGCUGGAGCGGAGCAAGCGGGCGAAACGCGAGGCGUCGCCUUAA